CUGGAGCGAAGAGCACAUAAGGGAGGGAGCAUUCAACGUCUCCUGAAUUCCUACACAAAGCAAUGUACGCAGAGCAGCAGAAGCAGAAACGUUGAGAAAUGAGGCUCUUAAUGCUCACUUCCCGCACCAAAGCCAUUCUCACAAUCCCCACCCGCACCUCCUCGCGAAGCCUCUCCACGCUCUCCCGGAAACCUAAUUCUAACCCCAAUUUCUCCUUCUCGAUUGUCUUCCGAUGGGAAUCAGUUUCUUCACAGUCUUCCUGGUCGUUUCUGCAUCGGAGCCCUGGGUUCGCCGUGCCGAAAUGCGUGUCCUCAAUUUCGUCGUCCGCUGCGAGUACGGUGGAGUGGAAUGACGCCGUCACAGGCUCGGAGAUUGGUGGAGUGGUGGGGUUGGAGGAGGAGGAUGAGAUUAAUGAGGCUUCCACUACUUCUAUUCCCGUUAGAGCUUAUUUCUUCUCCACUAGCGUGGAUUUGAGGAGCUUGGUGGAGCAGAAUAAACAGAAUUUUAUUCCGCCUUCAUCUAGAAUGACUAAUUACGUGGUUCUGCGAUUUGGUGAUUUGAAACCUGACCCUAAUGGUUUGGGAUCUAGUUUAGGUGGAAAUGAUUGCUGUUACAUGGUAGUUUUCCAGUACGGCUCCAUUGUCCUAUUCAAUGUCCGUGACCAUGAAGUUGAUGGAUAUCUAAAAAUUGUAGAAAGGCACUCUUCAGGAUUGCUACCUGAGAUGAGAAAGGAUGAAUAUGAGGUGCGGGAGAAGCCAACUUUGAGUACAUGGAUGCAAGGUGGUCUUGAUUACAUAAUGCUGCAGUACCUAAACAUUGAUGGGAUCCGUACGAUUGGUAGUGUUCUUGGUCAAAGUAUUGCUCUUGAUUAUUACGUUCGUCAGGUUGAUGGAAUGGUUGCAGAAUUUACUGACAUCAAUCGGGGAAUGGAAAAAACUGGCACCUUUACAAUGGAACGAAAAAAGCUCUUCCAACUGGUUGGAAAGGCAAAUUCAAAUCUUGCUGAUGUAAUUCUUAAGCUUGGGCUUUUCGAGAGAUCAGAUAUCGCGUGGAAGGAUGCUAAAUAUGCUCAGAUUUGGGAGUACCUCAGGGAUGAAUUCGAAUUAACUCAGAGAUUCGCAAGCCUUGAUUUCAAGUUGAAAUUUGUAGAGCAUAACAUUCGUUUCCUUCAAGAGAUUCUCCAGAAUAGGAAAUCAGAUUUCCUCGAGUGGCUGAUUAUCAUCCUAAUAGGUGCUGAAAUCCUCAUAUCCGUGUACGACAUUGCUCAUAAAUCGUCAAUCACAUCUUUAUAGAAUCCCCCCUUGAUCAUUUCAAAGAUACGUACCACGCCUCAUCCUGAUUCCGGAUUGGAUAUUUGUACAUACUACUACAAAAAUUAGCAUGCUCUUUAUAUGCAAACUGGUUACAGAUAGUUAUUUCCCUUGUAAAUCUUGACCCGUAGCCCCUAUAUUUUCACCACCACGAAUUUGUACAAGUUUUGAAUUCUGUAAUUCAUUUGCUGUCUAAAGGAAAUUGAACUCUUCUCCCCUCUGAGGUUAAAGAAAUUUGUGGUUGUUAGUGUGGCCCUUUCUUACAAGUAUGUCUAGAUGCAGAACAAGGCUGUAACUUCCUCAAUGCUUUUCGUGUAAUCUAGUGUUUCACCAAGAUUGUACUUCUCAA